AUGGAGGAGACCUACCUCGCGAAGGUGCUCUCGGACUCGUCGACGCCGACGGAGCUGCGUCCAUACUAUGAAAAGUUCCGUGAUCUUCAUGAAAAAAAGCUAUGGUACCAACUCACACUGCAAAUGGAUGAAUUUCUGCGGCACCCAGCCUCGCAGCAGCGACGUUUGCAUAUUGAUCUGUACGAGCAAUUUAUUCGUACGUUUGCCAAGCAUAUCAACCACUUGAAACUGGCGAGUUUUGGUGUGAUUGUCUCGAGGCAGUACGAAGAAGCUGCUGAUGCGCUGGCGUUUUUGCAAAAGCUCGUAGAGGAAAACCAGGAAGCGGAAGACAAGCAGGACGCGUAUGUGCUACUCACGAUGGAAGCAGCGCAUUUCCAGCUGCUGCUGGACGAUUUGGCUGCUACCAAGGCAGCGAUGGACAAGUGUGCCAAGAUGCUGGAUACGUUUAAGUCUGUGGAGCCUAUGGUGCAUGCCUCAUUCUACCGUGUCUGCGGCAACUAUCACAAAGCCAAGGCGGAAUACGCGGACUACUACCGCAAUUAUCUGCUCUUCCUGGCGUGCAUCAAUGUCGAUGCUGAGAUGAGCAAAGAGGAGCAAGUACAAUGUGCGCAUGACCUCGGCAUCUCGGCGCUGCUGGGCGAUUCCAUUUACAACUUUGGCGAAUUGCUUCUGCACCCCAUUCUCACGUCGCUACAAGGCACGGAGCAUGCAUGGAUCUCUGACUUGCUCUUUGCGUUCAAUGCGGGCGAUAUUGGCCGCUUUGAGUCGCUCAUUCCGCGCCUAUCGCAGGAACUGAUGCUUGAGGCAAGUAUGCCGUUCCUGCGCCAAAAGAUCUGCCUCAUGGCGCUCAUUGAGAGUGUGUUCCGCCGCUCGACAUACGACCGUACACUCUCCUUCACAACCAUCGCUACCGAGACGCGAAUUCCUGUGGAUGAAGUGGAGCAUCUUGUGAUGAAAGCAUUAUGCUUACAGCUCAUUCGUGGCUCCAUUGACGAAGUGGCACAGCUGGUUCGUAUCACAUGGGUCCAGCCGCGUGUGUUAGAUACGCAGCAGACGCAAGCGCUGUUGCAGCGUUUGUCAGACUGGAGCGACCGCGUGGCGCAGGUCGCGGAGUAUGUACAGACCCAAUCGCCUGAGCUGUUUACACACGCCUAG